AUGUCAGCGCCUUCAGAUAUGCCGGAAAGGGCGGGGGACGAUGAUCUCACGGACGAGCAGAUCGAGUCGCUCCUCGCGCGCGCGACAGAACGGAUCAAAGCGAAGAGGGCGAAUCCUCAAGAUGUGAUGAAGCUGGACGAAAAAGGCCAGCACCGCCUGCCGAAGCUUGACAAAGACUACUUGGCCCGGACCACCGAACUAGCGACGCUGAACGAGACGCCAAAGCAUACGUCGACUGGGUUGCGCAAGGUCGAGAACCCUCAGUUGGUCAAGCAGCAGAAGGCAGAGCAAAAGAAAGCUACCGCCGGCGGCAACUGGUUCGACAUGCCCGCCACGAAUCUCACCCCUGAGCUCAAGCGAGAUCUUCAGCUCAUCAAGAUGCGAGGCGUCCUCGACCCACACCGCCACUACAAGAAGGAUGGCGGCAAGAUGAAGCCACCGGAGUACAGUCAGGUCGGUACGAUAGUCGAAGGCCCGACUGAGUUCUUCUCCGGCCGCAUCGAGAACAAGCAGCGCAAGAAGACCUUUGUUGAGGAAGUGCUGGCUGGUGAGCAGGAGACAGGGCGGUUCAAGAGGAAGUAUGGGGAGCUGCAGACCAAGAAGACGAGUGGCAAGAAGGCGUACUACAACGCACUCAAGGAGAAGAGGCGGGGCGGAGUGAAGAAAGCUGGGAAGUGA